AUGCAGGUUGUUGCGAUCCACACAAGAAGACAGGAUUCGUUUCUCAGCUUGUUUGUUUUUUUCUUUUUCCUUUUUUCUUUCCGUCUUCUUUAUUCUUCCUUUCCGUCUUCUUUCUUUCUUCCAUCUUCCUUUCUUCUUUCUUUCUUCCAUCUUCCUUUCUUCUUUCUUUCUUCCAUCUUCCUUUCUUCUUUCUUUCUUCCAUCUUCCUUUCUUCUUUCUUUCUUCCAUCUUCCUUCCAUCUUUCUUUCUUCUUUCUUUCUUCCAUCUUUCUUUCUUCCAUCUUUCUUUUCAUCUUUUCUUCUUUCUUUUCUUUCCAUCUUUCUUUUCUUCUUUCGUCUUUAUCUUCUUUCAUCUUUCUUUUCUUCUUUCCAUCUUUUUCUUCUUUCAUUUUUCUUCUUUCCUUUUUUCUUUUUUCUUUCCAUCUUUCACUUUUUCUUCUUUCCUUUUCCUAUUUUUCUUUUCUUUUCUUCCUUUCUAUCAUUUCUUCUUUCUUUUCUUCUUUUUCUUCCUUUCAUUUUCAUUCUCUCCUUCCUCUUUCUUUCUUUUCUUUUUUCUUUCUUUUUCUCCUUUCUUUCAUAUAAUACUCUUAUUAGCAAUGGUUGGCUUGAGAAUUGUGCAACUGAAUGUUCAGUUUCUCUUCUUUUUUGCAUGUCACUUUCAAAAUGGCUGAAAAGGUUAGCACAACCUCCUCCUCUUCCUCUUAACAUUCCCACCUGA